ACGGUAUAUACGUGGCAGCCAACUUUUGGCUGUGGGACCCUAUGACCUAGCCUCUAUGACCAGACUGAGCAUGGGUGGCCUCUUCAGUCGCGCUCCCGAGCAGGACCCAGACUACGCCUGGCGGAGACAGAACGAGGAGGAACUCACCAACCCCCUGUACAAGUUUGUGAACCUGAAACGAGAGGGGGAACUGUUGACAGUGUUUGAGAGGGAGGGGGAGGAGGGACUGAGGAGGUAUUGUAGGGAACACCUGGAGUCAUACCUGUACGAUGGUGGAAACGGGAAAAGGAUAGACAAGAAGGAGUUUGUCCUAUGGGAGGCACACCAGGCUGCAAAGGGCUGUGCCUUCGUGGAGACUCGUAGUGAAGAGGAAAUACUGGACGACUGGAAAGAGGACAAGUUUAACAAGUUCCGGGAUCACGAGGCAUGCUGGGACCUGUACAAACGCGGCGGUGUCGGGGAGACGGCGCUCCACCUGUGCUUCCUCAACAACACGCACAACUUCACAAAGAUCGCACACGUGCUGCUGGACAUGUACCCACAGUUAGCACUGGAUUACUACGAGGGAGAGGAGUACUAUGGUGAGAGCUGUCUGCACAUAGCUAUCGUACACGAUGCGCUGGACUCGGUCAAACUGCUCGUGGAAAAAUGUGGCGCCGACGUGAACCUCCGCGCCACUGGACGCUUCUUCCUCCCCGAGGACCAAAAGAAACUCAACAUCAUGACGAAGGCCCUGAUGACGACGGACUACAAGGGGUACGCGUACUACGGGGAGUACCCGCUGGCCUUCGCCGCGUGUUUUGAGUCCCACGAGAUUUACGACUUCCUGGUGCAGAAAGGGGCGGACCCGAACCUACCGGACUCGUUUGGGAACACGGUGCUUCACAUGCUGGUCAUUCAUAACAAACCUUCCAUGUACAAGUAUGCCAUGAAACACCCCACCAAGCCAGCUGACCCCUACAGGAAGAACAAGGAGGAUCUCACCCCCCUGACCCUGGCCUGUAAGAUUGGGAGACCAGAUAUGUUCAACACUAUCCUGGAGCUGGGCUCACAGGAGUUCUGGUCCUACAGCAAUUUCACCUGUUCUGCCUACCCACUGUUCUCUGUGGAUUCUAUUACAGCAGAGGGGGAGACAGACUGGAAGUCAGCCCUGAUGAUCCUGAUUGACGGACGAAGUGAGUGGACCCUUCCCAUGCUGCAAGGAGGGGUCAUAGGUCAGCUGCUGGAAGAGAAGUGGAAAGUCUUUGGACGGAGAACGUUUGGCCUGCAGCUGCUGUGGUUAGUUCUGCACCUGGUGUUCCUCAGUACAGCCGUGUACCUCCGCCCUGACAACAUACAACUCAUCACGGGCACCACAGCCUCAGAUAUAGCACGUUACAUCACAGAGAUCCUGAUUGUGAUCAAUGCCAUCGUCUUCCUCUUACUAGAAGUAAACGAAAUCAGGAUGGUCGGUUUCAUGGGACUGAUAAAAAAUAUUUUGAAUGUACCAGACAAAGUCCUGUUCAUGAUCGGCUGUGUGUGCAUCGUCCUGUGCAUUCCUAUGAGAUUCACCAAGCUAGUGGAGGUAGAGGACUGGCUGUUGGGGAUAGCUAUAGUUGGCAGCUGGUUCUACAUAUUCUUCUACUGCAGAGGUUGGACCCUGACCGGUCCGUUUGUGACGAUGAUCUAUAAGAUGAUAGCAGGAGACAUGGCGAGGUUUGGUAUCAUCUACCUCACCUUCCUCAUCACAUUCGCUCCAGCAUUCUGGAUCAUGUUCCGAGACAAGCCCACAGAGAAGUUUGACUCAGAGAUCGGAGCAGUGAUGACUCUCUUCCAGAUGACAUUAGGAGAAUUUGAUUACCCAGUGUUUAACCUAGCAGAGUUCCCAGCCCUGGCCAAGCUGCUGUUUGUGGUGUUCAUGAUGCUGGUACCCAUCAUGCUCCUCAACAUGCUCAUCGCCAUGAUGUCCAACACUUUCCAGGAGGUGGUGGACAGGUCUGAAAGAGAGUGGAGAAGACAGAAAGCCAAGAUCAUCGUGUCCCUGGAGCGUUCCUUCUCCAAGUCCUCCCUGCAGCAGUUCCGUACAGACUACUCCAUCAGGCUGCAGGAGAACUCAGCGGUGCACCUGCCGGUGGAGCCGGGUCCACACGGUCUGCGCGCCCUGCUGGUCAUCAAGGAGGAGACCAUGAGCAGGGCCAAGAAGAAGAGCGGCGUGGUGGCCAGCUGGAAGAAGCUCAAGAACCUGGCCGUUAAGUGGGCGAAAAGCUCCGACAGUGCUCCAGCCAGGGUGAUCGGGAAGCAUGCACGUGACAAGCUCAGUCUACAAGCCCAGUCAUUAAAGCUGGAGAACAACAAAGGCAAGAAACCGCCGCAGGGUGGCAAACAAAAUGGAUUCUCCCUAAAAAAACCUGACUCUCACCCCAGCCUGCAUGAGAUAGUCGAGGAUGCAGUGGAAGAGGAAGAGGAGAGAGAGGAACUGGAAGCAAAAAAGAAGAAUUCUAAAGGAGAGAGUCUGAAUCUACAGACGUUUAAUGUACAGGUGAACAGGAACAAUGAUGAGAGAGAUGCUGCAAGCUGCAGCAGUGCAACCAGUUUGAUCCAGGUGGAACCGGCUACAGAACCUCAGGCAGCUACAGUUACUGUUCUGAAAAAGGACGGGACAGACAAUAAAGUGACAGUUGAAGGACACGUCAACCCAGCUUUUGAAACUGGAGAGAAUGCUGAUGAGACUAAAGCAGGGGAGGAGUCAUAGGAACGAUACAAGUGCAAUCAUGAAAUAGAUUGAAC